CAGCCCAGCUCCGGCCCGCCUCACACGGUGCAGCAGGGCGCCCUAGCGAGCGCGGGCCCGGCGCCGGGCCCGGGCAGACGGCCGGGGGCGUCUCCGCCGAGACUCUCUCUGUGGCCCCUGAGGGGCGAGGGCGAAGGCGAGGCUGAGUGGGACCGAAAUCAUGAACCGGAGUUUUCACAAGUCUCAGACCCUACGCUUCUACGACUGCAGCGCAGUGGAAGUCAAGAGCAAGUUUGGGGCCGAAUUCCGAAGGUUCUCCUUGGACCGCCACAAGCCCGGGAAGUUUGAAGAUUUCUACCAGCUGGUCGUGCACACGCACCACAUCCCUCACACGGACGUGACCAUCGGCUAUGCUGACGUGCACGGGGACCUGCUGCCCAUCAACAAUGACGACAACUUCUGCAAGGCGGUCUCAAGUGCGAACCCCUUGCUUAGGGUCUUCAUCCAGAAGCGAGAAGAGGCAGACCACUACAGCUUCGGAACAGGUACUCUAUCGAGGAAGAAAAAGGUGCUGGUGACCCUGAGGGAUGAAGGCCUGCGCCGGCGGACACACCUCAACAUCAGCAUGCCGCAUGACUUCCGCCCAGUGUCCUCCAUCAUUGAUGUGGACAUCCUCCCUGAGACGCACCGCCGAGUGAGGCUCUACAGACAUGGCUGCGAAAAGCCGCUGGGCUUCUACAUUCGAGAUGGCACCAGCAUGCGUGUGACCCCCCACGGGCUAGAGAAAGUCCCGGCUAUCUUCAUUUCCCGGAUGGUGCCUGGGGGCCUUGCAGAGAGCACUGGGCUACUGGCGGUGAAUGACGAAGUCUUGGAGGUGAAUGGGAUUGAGGUAGCUGGAAAGACAUUGGAUCAAGUCACAGACAUGAUGAUUGCCAACAGCCACAACCUCAUUGUCACUGUCAAGCCUGCCAACCAAAGGAACAACGUGGUCCGCAGCAGCCGCACAUCCGGUAGCUCUGCCCAGUCCACGGACAGCACCACCAGUCACCACAGCCUGCCGGCCCCGCAUGUCGUGCAGAAUUUCCACCCUGAGGAAAUGGAGAGCGACGAGGAAGCCGACAUCGUCAUUGAGGGGGCUCUGGAACCUCAGCACAUCCCCAAGACACAGGCCGUCCCUCUGGGCAGCCUCUCGAGGGCCAAUGGUACCAGCCUUGCCCACAGGCUGCACAGGGACAUGGUCCUGCAUAGCUCUGGGCGGGAGAGCAACGGCAGUAUCCACAGAUUUCUCAGCUCCCUGAAACCAGACCCGCGACACAGCCUGGUCCUCCCUCAAGGAGGUGUGGAGGAGCACGGGCCAGCCAUCACUCUCUAGGACUUGAGCCACUUGGCCAGGCUGAGGUCCCAUACAGACUGUGUGGCAGCAGGAACCACGGGUGGCGAGUGCCGAGUAGCGUGUAGUGCUCUUAGAUGAAUAGUGACUCCAGAGGGAAAUACUUUACAUUUUUAUGUCAAUUUUAAAAUAAGAAAAAUAAUUAUGUACUUUUUUUUCCUUUUUUCAUCAUCAUUCCUAAGUCCUAUUCUUUAUUUAAGCUUUUGGACAAGAAAACUGUCUAUUUUUAUAGGAUUUUUUCCAUGGAACUUAAAAAUACACACACCUGCACAUAUUCUGGGCUCAGUGCGUGGCCAGAACCUUUGCAGAGUGAAGCAGGAUACUAAAGUACAGAGAGUAUUUUUUAAAAUUCUGGUUUUUAAAAUGAAGCUCUACAGAUUUUUUUAAAAUAGUAAAAUUCAUGUUUUUAACUAGCUCAUGUGAAACGAUCUUGUGAUCUUGAGCGCUCUACUGACCCAGCGUGGCUGUGACAGGAAAACGGGAACUGUCUGAGGAUGGCUUUCCUCGCAGCCAGCUCAGGAGGCCCACUGGCCUAUACCCCGGAGCCCCUGCGGUUACAGUGGCCACAUCUGCAGAUCUGCCCCAGCCUCAGGUCGACUGCCACUGCCAUCCGCCUCUGACAGGGAGUUUAAGAAGCCAGCCACUCUGCUGGCUGGACAGCGAGGCCCAACGAGGCCACGUAGGAGUAAAAGCCAAUGUUUACAGCAGUGUUUUCUUUGGGUUGACUAACCAGCGCAGGUUUAAGAUGUCUUCAGCAGAAAUGAGGGACAAACACCACACCCCCAAAGCCCCACAGCGGUGGGGUGGAUGUACGUGUUAACUUUGCUUUUUAACACAGCUGCCUGUUUUUAUAAGAGAAGACUUGGAGCGUGUCAGUGCGCGCUCCUAGAAUGGUGGUCAGGGGCAGGAACGCGCUUCUUUAAUGAGAACAAAUCACGUGAAUCUUAGUAGUUUUCACAGAUACUCUUUUUUAGACCUUCUUAGAGGCUUAUUAUUGCUGACCCAAUUAAAUUUUAUAUAAAUUGUGUUUUCUGUCUGGAUACAGUGUCGGGGAGAGAAUGGCGCAUUUAUUAACUGAGAACAAACUGACCAAGUGAAUCUUUCAUGUAAAUACUGGUUUUAAAGUGUCUUCCCAGCCUUCCAGGUUGAGAGCUCCACCUGCUGGUCAGAGGCAGAACUGCCCUGACUUCAUGAGUGGCAGAAGGAAACUGCAUCCCGGUGUUGUGCUUUGUCUGGAAUUUAAGUGAAGAACUUAAUUCUUUUCCCUUGGAGAACUGUUUCUUGGACAGAAGUAGCUUUUGCUGAAGAAUUGUCUCCUCACUCCAUGUCUGUUUCUCAGUCAUGUGCCAAGGAUCGUCCACCAUUUGUUUCUGAGCACAAGGGUAAGAUGCUCCCUGAGUCUCUGUGCAAAAAGUGUCUUGUGUGUUGCUGCAGUAGUUUGCAAUGUGUGUUAUCACAAGUAUUACAGAACCAAAACACUGGCGAUCAGCUACUGCAAGAGUUGUUCUCGGCUAAGCUAUUGCUUGAUAUCUUGUGUUGAGUACACUGGGUUUGCUACCAAGAUGGAAAGUUGUUUCUCACCAUGCUUAAGUUGUUUGGCAGAUGUCAACCAGUUUAUUCAAGGGAACUAAAAACAACAGGACAGGGUCCAUCUGACCUUUGCAAGCUGGUGUAUAUGAGGAACUACAUGUUUAGUGGAGGCCUGAGUGUUUAUCUAAACGGAACUCUACUCCCACAUUUUAUCUCUUCUUUGGAAAAAAAAAAAUCUAUGUCAUUAUAUAUUAAAUUUUUUUGGUUUUAUAUAUCAGAAAAUAAAAACUUUUUUGCUUUUGA